CAGCUAGCCAGCACUUAGCUUCAUCACAGACAGUUACAUCAGGGGCUUCAACACUUCGCACAAGCAUUUGGACAAAGAGCCGGGAUGUAGAACUACCUCCUGUGUGGACACAGUGUCCUCCUGGUCCGGGACUCAGCCAGGAGUCUUCCUGUCCGGACCACACAGCGCAGCUGGGCAGGUUUGAUGAUAAACGAAGCCAUAGUUCAAGCUACCUGCUAACAGCUAAGGGUGAACGAUCAUGGGGGGUGACUUUUGUCCCUCCGUGAAGCCCGUAGCCUGUGGGCGUUUCAUUUUUGGUCGCACGGUUGGUCAACUCACCGGGUGGUGGGAGGGUACUGGACGCUGAUUGGCUAGAAGUAUACAGGUUCGAGUAGUAGCCGCUGCUGAUUGGAUGCUACAGACCAAAACCCCGUCCGUGUGUCAGACGUGUUCUCAUCAUGGUAUUUCUAUGUCGCUCCCUCUUCUUUCAGCAUCUCAUCCUAACAUCUCGUUAGAUUCUUAAAUGCGUCUCCAAGCUCUUUAUAUUCAUUGAGGUAGAGCUCGGAGCUGAGGGGCUGAGCUGUCGACUGCUGGUUGCUGCUCCAGAGGAUUAGCAGAAGCUAAAGAGAUGCAGGUCAGUGACUGCUUCGUGUCCGCUCCCGGGAAGGCGAUCCUGCACGGAGAGCACGCAGUGGUGCACGGGAAGGUGGCUCUCGCUGUCAGUUUGAACCUGAGGACGUUUCUGCGGCUGAAGGUCACCGCUUCUGGCAAAGUUUGCAUCAAUCUCCCAAAUAUUGACACAUUCCUCUGCUGGGACGUCUCUGAGCUGCAGCAGUUUAAACCUUAUUCCUGUGCUAACAGGGAGGAGCUGAAAUGUCUGAAUCCUGAGCUUGUGAGGCGACUACGGGAAUUUGUCGGUGUUACUAAUGGAAAACUGGAUACUUCCAACAUGGCCACCAUAGCCUUCCUCUACAUCUACCUCUCAGUGUUUGGAUCAGGCGAGCUGCCCAGCCUGACGGUGUCUGUGUGGUCGGAGCUGCCGACUGGAGCUGGACUGGGAUCGAGUGCUGCCUUCACAGUGUGUUUAGCUGCAGCUCUGCUCUGUGCAAGUGGAGCCAUUCCCAGUCCGCUCAAAGAGUGGGAUCACACUGCCAGGUGGCGCCAGGAGGAUCUGGAGCUGAUCAACAGCUGGGCUUUCCAAGGAGAAACCAUCAUCCAUGGUAAUCCUUCAGGAGUGGACAACGCUGUAGGAACAUGGGGAGGCAUGCUGAGAUUCUUGGCUGGGAAGAUAAUGCCACUGAGCAGGGUGCCGUUAUUAAGAAUCCUCCUCACUAACACAAAAGUACCACGUAGCACCAAGGUACUUGUUGCCGGGGUGAAGGACAAAAUUAACAAGUUCCCCUCCGUCCUGAAUCCUGUGCUCGACUCAGUUGAUGCCAUUUCCUCCACUUGUGAGAAAGUCCUCUCAGACAUGACGUCCGAGCCAAUCACAGGCGAGCACUACAAUAUCCUGGAGGACCUAAUCGACAUCAACCAGCACCAUCUGAAUGCGAUGGGGGUGGGGCAUCCUGACCUGGACACGCUGUGCCGGGUCACGCUGACCAGAGGGCUCCACAGCAAGUUGACCGGUGCAGGGGGAGGAGGCUGUGGCAUCACACUGCUGAGACCAGAGACGGACUCGGCUGUGGUCCAGGGCACAGUGCAGGACUUAAGAGACUGCGGCUUUGACUGCUGGGAAACCAGUAUUGGCGGGCCCGGUGUCCAGCAGCACUCUCCUUUGUCUGUUAAGGACGAGGUUCUGGAGGUGCUGAACCAGUACUGACAACCAGCUGUUCGUGGAUGAACAGGAGGACACGUGUCUGUUGUCGUUACCUCAGGACCUGGAGCUGAACCCAUCAUUCGAGAGACAUUUCACACUGAGCAGAGCUGGAAAAAGCUGUUAAUUAUAUUAAUUAAUUACAAUAUAGAUUUUCUAAUGUUGUCUUAAGUUUACAAACUAACUACAAAUGAACUGUGUGUGUGUGGUGUUUUUUCGGUGAAGCUUCUUUAUGGAGCGUUAGCUUGUCAACGAGCUCAGGGGUACACGUUUGUGUACUGAGCUCUUCAGCCACUAGAUGGCAUCAGAGCUGCACAAAUGCUUAUAAUGAAAUGAUUCCUGGUAAGAGGCUGUGAUGAAUUUAAUUAAUAUGUAAGUGAAGCUCUGGCAGGAUUCAUUUUUUUAUCUUCAUCCAAAUGUUAAUGCAGCAGGGCCAACUUAUUUUAAUGGAUUAGAUGACCAUCAGCCAUAAAUUACUUACUUCCUGCAUUAUAACACAGUGUUGUUGGUUAACAGCUAUAAUAAAUGAAAGUUCUCAUUUAUAAUUAUCUAGGAUUUGUUUUACAAAAAAUAAAACUGGAGAAAAGGUU